UGUCAAAAUUUUAAUCCACUCUAUUUAAAAAUACUAGGCUGCCCUUUUAGAUCAUUCUACCACUGAAUCGCCUGUGCUAAACUAUUACAUCACCUUUGUUAGGAGAAAGCAGCGAUAUCGUUUUUCAAGUUUGUUUUGAGUUAUAAUUUAGCAGGAGUUAUCAGAUACUAGUUACAGCGUUUAUCUAUAUUUCAGCCCCCUCAUCUCUCAUGGAGAGACCCACUCAUAAUAUUUUCAUAUAGUAGCCAGUGAGGAAUGAGCAGACACCCCAAGAGUUUUGAGGUUGAGGAAAAUGAAGAUGCUCAGUCAGUCUAAUUUAAUUUGGAUUUAUAUUGGAUGCGUAAUGAUCAGUGUAAAAAAAUCUGUGCCUGUUUUAGCUUAUCAUUGGCACCUACAACCUUUUUUCCACAGACCGGUACCCUUAGAAAGAACGCUGGUCGUAUGUCGAAUUCUGGCUGUGAUGCUUUGUAUAGCUUCCUGCCCCUGUUCAAUCCUUACAACUCUUCCUGAAGAGUAGGUGUUAGUAUGAUUCCCAUUCUUCAGAUGACGUUCAAAGAGGUCAGGAGACUGACCAGCAAUUGGGGGUGGGGCAGAACCAUUUUGAAGUCUGGCAGGCCUGCCGCCCCUCUUCUCGUCAGGGUGUAACCCCGAGCUGGGUUCAAACAGUGCAGAGGGCAGUGUGGUGGGGCACCGGCUGGGCUUCACUCUGCCAGGCUCUGCUACCGGGCAGCUGUGUGACCUUGGACAUUCGGACUGCCGUGGCAGCCUCGCUAGAGAAGAUCCGCCCAAUCACCAACCAGAUGAUCCGUGAAGACCUGCGACCCACGUGCUGCAGGGCCCACGUUGUGACAGUCUCUCAACCCCAGGGAGCUGGAGAAAGUCAGCUCAGGCCCUGGGAACUGUGACUACCACGCCCUCCUUCACUCACUGUGUGUUAACUUACCCAGCCGGCCUGUUUCAGUCUGUUUGCUUUUCGAGGUGCAAAACGUACACCACCGAGCCUGCCCCUGCGGCACCUAGGUUUUUCCACACCGCCCCCAAAAUCCACUGUGUGCGAACUGGGGAAGGAGCCUGGAUGCUUAUUGCCCAUCACGUCCCACUCUACAUCCGUGGCUCGCUGAGACCCGCCCUCGGGUAGCGUUCAAAGUGGGGUUCCUACAGACGCUGCAGAUCCAAGGCCGGUUUUCUUCUGAAUUCUGGUCUUGGUGUCCGGAGCGUGGGUGGAGGCGGAGAAAAGGUGUGCAGGAGCGAGCCAGGGCCAACACACGCAGGCCCACAGGCCCGCUCGCCCUCCCUCCUGCGCAACCUGCCGCGCCGGCCUCCGCGCAGAAAGCCGAGCUGCAGCGGCUGCCGCGGGCUAGGGCAAGGGCUGCGGCCCCGGGGUCAUCGCACGUCCGUCCCUCGCCCCCACCUCCUGCCCUCGGGCUGCGGGCGAAUCCCCGCCCUCUCCCAAGCCCCGCCGUCCGCCUGCAGGUGAAGCCACCCAGGCCGCUGAGUAGGUGCGUGGGGAUGAUCUCACUCGCCCGCUCCGCGCCUGGAGGAGGAGGAGCGGGAGCAAAUCCAACUUCCGGGUAGUGAAGCCGCACGCCAUCGGCAUCUUGCUUUUUCUUCCCCCUCCCCCCGUGGUAGCCCUUGCCUCUCCCCUCCUUUCCUUUUAUUCGCGACCCAACCUGCCAAAAUGAACAGCUCGGACGAGGAGAAGCAGUUGCAGCUCAUCACCAGUCUGAAGGAGCAAGCAAUCGGCGAAUAUGAAGACCUUAGAGCAGAGAACCAGAAAACAAAGGAGAAGUGUGACAAAAUUAGGCAAGAACGAGAUGAAGCUGUUAGAAAACUGGAGGAAUUUCAGAAAAUUUCUCACAUGGUUAUAGAGGAAGUUAAUUUUAUGCAGAACCAUCUUGAAAUAGAGAAGACUUGUCGAGAAAGUGCUGAAGCCUUGGCAACAAAGCUAAAUAAAGAAAAUAAGACUUUGAAAAGGAUCAGCAUGUUGUACAUGGCCAAGCUGGGACCGGAUGUCAUAACUGAAGAAAUCAACAUCGAUGACGAGGAUCCGGCUACAGAGCCCGACGGGGCUGCUGAGAGUUGUGUCUCCGUGCAGUGUCAGAAGCAAAUCAAAGAACUUCGAGAUCAAAUCGUAUCUGUUCAGGAGGAAAAGAAGAUAUUAGCCAUUGAAUUGGAAAAUCUGAAAAGCAAACUUGUAGAAGUCAUUGAAGAAGUUAAUAAAGUCAAGCAGGAAAAAGAUGUUUUAAAUUCAGAAGUCCUUGAACAGAGAAAAGUCUUAGAAAAAUGCAAUAGAGUGUCCAUGCUAGCAGUAGAAGAGUAUGAGGAAAUGCAGGUAAACUUGGAACUGGAGAAGGACCUUCGAAAGAAAGCCGAAUCCUUUGCACAAGAGAUGUUCAUUGAGCAAAACAAGCUAAAGCGACAAAGCCACCUCCUGCUACAGAGCUCUGCUCCUGACCAGCAGCUUCUGAAAGCUUUAGAGGAAAAUGCAAAACUCACCGAGCAACUCGAGGAAGAGAGAAUUCAGCAUCAACAAAAGGUCAAAGAAUUGAAAGAGCAACUAGAAAAUGAAACACUCCACAAAGAGAUGCACAACCUCAAACAGCAACUGGAACUUCUAGAAGAAGAUAAGAAAGAAUUGGAAUUGAAAUACCAGAAUUCAGAGGAGAAAGCCAGAAAUUUAAAGCAUUCCGUUGAUGAACUCCAGAAACGGGUGAACCAGUCCGAGAAUUCCGUCCCUCCGCCGCCACCACCACCACCACCCCUGCCGCCGCCGCCUCCCAACCCUAUCCGAUCCCUCAUGUCCAUGAUCCGGAAGCGAUCUCACCCCAGCGGCAGUGGUGGUAAGAAAGAAAAGGCAGCUCAACCAGAAACAGCUGAAGAAGUCACAGAUCUGAAGAGACAAGCAGUUGAAGAGAUGAUGGAUAGAAUUAAAAAGGGAGUUCAUCUUAGACCAGUUAAUCAGACAGCUAGACCGAAGGCAAAGCCAGAAUCUUCAAAAGGCUCUGACAGUGCAGUGAAUGAAUUAAAAGGAAUACUGGGGACACUUAACAAAUCCACUAGCUCAAGAAGCUUAAAAUCCCUUGACACUGAAAACAGUGAAACUGAGUUAGAAAGGAUUUUGCGUCGCAGGAAGGUGACAGCAGAAGCAGAUAGCAGUAGUCCAACCGGGAUAUUAGCCACCUCAGAGUCCAAAUCCAUGCCAGUGUUGGGUUCUGUAUCCAGUGUAACAAAAACAGCCUUGAACAAGAAAACUCUGGAGGCAGAAUUCAACAGCCCGUCCCCCCCAACACCUGAGCCAGGUGAAGGGUCGUGUAAAUUGGAAGGAUGCACACGUUCCAAGGUUACAUUUCAGCCUCCCAGUAACACUGGAUGGAGGAGACGGUACGUUGGCAGUGAAAAGCACGCUGAACCAGUUGUAGUUUUAGACCCUGUUUCAACACAUGAAUCCCAAACCAAAGACCAGGUUGCUGACAAAGAUCCAGCUCAACACAAGGAUGAUGAAGGCAACAUUAAACCAGACUACAAAGAAGACAGUAUUGAAAAAAGAGACACAGACAGCUCCAACUGCUGAUCCGUAAGCCACAAGGCUGACGUGUAGAAUUCCUUGUCAGUAAGCACAGGAUUACUUUUGGUGUAUUGGCAAGGGCUGCAGACAUUCUGCUCUUGUCACUUGUAUUCAGAUUACAGGUUCUUUUCUGGUGUCACUUUUGUAAUAAGUAGUUCACCUAUAAACAUAAGUAAGCUGUUGAGCAAAAUACACAUUCGAUGUAGUGGUUUUUUUAUCUUUAUAGGAUAAGAUUUUUUUCUAAUUACUGUAUUAAGUGUGACUUCUUUUAGAAGGUUACAAAAAGUCAGAUGUUGAUGUCUUUUUAGGUCAUGUGCAUACCACUAUUCAAAUGUAAUGCUGAAAGUUUACAGUGCUGUGGGUAAUUGGAUAAACAGACCUGACCAACUUAAGGUGAUUUAAAAAGCCCCCAGAUAAGUUUUUUGUGUUUUUUUGUGG